UGCAAAUCGCGAAGUGGGAAACGCCUGACUUGGCAGAAGGGCGUGAGAGAGAUCGAGAAGAGUUUGAGUGUUGUGGGUGUUGUACACUCUCGAGGAUGGGGUUCUCUUGAUCCCACCUGUGCCCUGCUGGGAACGUUGCAAAAAAUAGUGGCUAAUCGAUAUUUGGCCGUAGCUGCAGGACCACACAUCUACAUCUACAGGAAACUGAAGCCUUAUUUCAGAAUUACACUUCCCCCGUUAGAAGUUGACGCUGAAGAGGAAGAAUCUUGGAAGAAAGCGGGAGAAACUUCCGGACGUGUGAGAGUGUACGGAGAGCUCUCCAAAAGCUUCCGUACACAAAGCGGUGUCUUUCAGGAAUGCCCAUUCUUUCAAUUCCUUUUCAAAUUCGUAAUCAAUGAAAUAAUGAGUCUAAUGCUGGAGAGUCUCCAAAACCCUGGUGUUCAAAUAGCCUGUGAAGAAAACCUUGUCGAUCUGGAAUAUGCAGGCGACAUCGUUCUCAUGAUGGGGACCGCGAAAUCUUCACUGUAUCUGGUUAGAGACACUACAACAUAUGGCUGCCAACCGAUGUCAGCGGCGUACUUGCUGUCACUUGCUAUCCAGAUCAUCUGA